GAGCGGUGAUCCUUACAGAAGACAGGCGUUUGUUUUUCUCGCAGAUUACAUUCCAGAAAGGAUCAAGUGAGCACUAUUUGGCAACUGAUGGCUUUGAAUAGACCUCCUGCCUUGGACGGUCUGUCCGACUGGAUAGUCAACAUAAUAGUCCAAAAGCAACCUGUCAACAGUACCAUGAAAGAGACGAUCAAGCAAAUGAUUUCUGACAAUUUAUCACAGACAGCUGAGCGGUGUAGAACUUUUUUUGAAGAUCAACUUGCAGCAAACAAAACAGAAGAAGAAAUGAAACGUUACAAUUCUCAUAUGGAGGAUUUUUUGAUCCAAGCUUUCCGACAGAGACAAUUGGAGCUUUUGGAGUCAAAAGACACACCUCCACCUGAUGAGGCCCAUCUGCAUGCAUUGUGCAUUUAUUCAGACAGUUUACAAGAAAAGUUAAGAUUGAAUGACACUGUCCUCUUGGACAGAUUAAUUGAGCAAAAAGCCAUGUCGGAAGCUGGUAGAGAAAGCAUUCUGGUUCGAAAAACCAUACAGCAACAGAAUGCAGCUUUCUUAAAAUACGUAAGCCAGACAUUCGACGCAGACACAUUUAAGGCGGUAUUUCUUCCUGCACUUAAGGAGGAGCAUGAAUGUUUGGCGACAGAACUUUCAAAGGCUGCUGCAAAUCCAACUUUAUCGAAGUUCUUGCUCAAUCGGUGUCUCAGUUGCAAGAUAAGGGAACAAAUACGAAUUCGAAAGUUUGCAACUUGUCUUUAUCAGAUUGGUGCAAUAUCAGCGGCUUCACAUUUAGAUUUAACAUCAACCAACAUGUCUCAAGAAGACAAGUGGAACCAUUUGAUGCACGAAACGAGACAAAGACCUUCGGUUUUGAUGAAAGCCCUUAAAAGAUACAAUGCAAGUCUCUACAAUCAGCUUAAGAGCAAUAGACAGUUAUGUUUAGAGUGCACGUGCCACGAUGAUUUGAAUAGCACCUUCGGUCAGCGUUCAGAAUCUAAAGACCAUGACGUAGCAAGAAUGUCUGACUUUUCCGAUUCAUCAUCACAAAUGUACAUGGAAACAGGUGAUGGAAUAGACGCCAGAGCGACUGCUCGUCCAUUGAGUGAAGAUACCUUCCUCCCAAGAUCCAGGACAUCACCAUUAGCCGGCUCUAACAAUGAACCAGAAGGACCAAAUCAUGGGAUACAUGUUCCUCAGAGAAUGAUGAAAGCACCUUUACUACCUGUCAAUAAAGAGAAUCCGUGUACAAAGCAAAGAGGAGAUCAGGAUCGGAAAUUGCAAAGGAUGUGGCGAGAACACUCUACACCGACGAGAGUCAAUAAUGAAUUCUCGCGUUGCCUUCCAAGAGCUGUUCACAAUUUGGAACCCAGUUGCAAUGAAGAUGAUAACUACAACUGCAUGAAGAAGAAACGUAAAAGGCACGUCACAGAACUAGAGGGUAAGGAAGAACCACUAAAGACUAUAGUUGAUGGAACACACGCCAGAACGACUGCUCGUCCAUGGAGUAAAGAUACCUUCCUCUCAGGAUCCAGGACAUCGUCAUUAACCGGCUCUAACAAUGAACCAGAAGGACCAAAUCAUGGAAUACAUGUUCCCCAAAGGAUUAUGAAAGCACCUAUACGACCUGUCAAUAAAGAGAAUCCGUGUACAAAGCCAAGAGGAGAUCAGAAUCGGAAAUUUCAAAGGAUGCGGAGAGUUUUAGUCACAGAACACUCUACAACGACGAGAGUCAAUAAUGAAUUCUCGCGUGGCCUUCCAAGAGCUGUUGGCAAUUUGGAACCCAGUUGCGAUGAAGUUGAUAACUACAAUUGCCCGAAGAAGAAACGUAAAAGGCACCUUGUAGAACUGGAGGAUAAGGAAGAACCACUAAAGACUGUAGUUGAUGGAACACACGCCAGAACGACUGCUCGUUCAUGGAAAGAUGACCUGUUGGCAAUGCUAAGAGAACUUGUUGGUCUGCAAUGUGAGUUAGAGAGAUCCAGAUCCAGACCAAACAACCAAAAUACAACACAUCGAUGCAAAUGAACGAAGAUUUUUUACAGACCAGGACUAAGACAAUAUUAUAUAUCUGAACUUGCCCGGUAGUCAGGCUCUGUGACGGCUUAACAGUGUGGUCAAACUGGGAGAAGUCAUACUGGGAGUAGUCAAAAUGGAAAGAUACCAUUAUUUCAGUCACAUGUUUACCUGGGUGCCGUUGGACAAAACAACCUUAGCGCUAAGAUUAUCUUAUCUCCUUAAGUUUUAACCAUGGGCUUUGGCUAAGGUUGACGCCCCAUUGCACAAAUCUAGCUUACGCUAAGGUAGCUUUAGUUAAGGUGAAAAUUGAAGGUUGAUCUGAUCCAACCUUAUCGUGGCUAAGUUUGACGUUUCAAGUACUUUCAACAUGGCUACAUUCUUGUUCAUGUGUGAGGAAACUGGUAAUUAUUCGGUGUACGUUUUGAGAGAUAUAAAUAGGAUAAUUACUCGGUGGGAUUACUGGGAAUUUCAUCAAUAACAUAAUGGUGAUUACUGAUGCCUGUUUGUCAUCAAUCACCAGUGGUAAUUCUGGAACGUCACCGAUAAAUCGCUUGGGAUGUUUUGGAAAGUACACAAAUACGAACGCCGAAGUGAGGUUUGCGAGAAAAUUGGAUAGUGUUUACAAAAUCACGUUUAUUACACACUUAGCUGCUACAAAUACUUCUGAAUUCCUCAUACAUUUUAGAAUUACAAAAGGGUCUUUGUCACCAAAACCAAGUGUCCAGAUAAAAUCAAAGGAAACAUAUAGGAUGUAAACACGAACGCUGUGCUUGUUGGAAAUGUAAACAAAGAAAUAUUCAAUAUUUACACUAUGAAGCAUUUUCUUAAAUUUUCCAUCUGUUUUCGUCUAUUUGUUUGCAUGCAUUGGCUGAAUACGUCUAGAAUAUGCUUGGAAGGAGUAUCGUAGCAAGAAAUUAUACAUGAAAAAUACAUACUAUACAGUGAUUCGGUAAGUUCAUAGUAAAUGGUCAAAGUUUCCGUGACGCCAAGAUUGACUCAAAUUCACGCAGCACGACAACGGUAAAACUGUUAUCGGCAUAUCUGACUUCUUCUCUUACUUACAUUGAAAACAUUAAAUACAAAUAACAAUACGCAGAUAGUCAAAAUCUUUUUGGUUACGUACAUCAUAUGGGCAAAACGUUCCCUGAAUCAAAGAAAGGUCCCACGCAAAAUCCUGCGAACCGGUGUCAGCGAUCAUUUUGUUAGAAAUUUGCCAUCAGUAGUCAACAUUGUUGUACAUUUCUUUGCAAUUUCUUUGAGGUGAAGCUCGGUUGAGUAAGAGUUUACACAAUCUCCCUUUCCUGUUGCUUGCACUUUCCGUAUUAUAAUGUAUAUUUUGCGUAUUGUUCAGAUAUAUCUAACGAAAUUAAUUUGAUUAUAAUAAUAAUAAGUGCAUUUAUAUUGUGCUGAGCUCCUUUCUCUGGGUGAAUGCUCUGACAAUCAAAGCGCAGCACAUUAUUACCCCGGAUAAGCCAAGCUGUUUGUUAUAUCAUACAAGGACAAAGACAAUACAGUUUAUGUUUGUUUGAACAAUAUAUACAAGACAUUGUCACAUCUUGCGUCGUACACGACAUUAUCAACCUCAAUGCAAGUAGUGAAGAUGAAAUGUAGGCAUAACUGCAUCAUGUACUUUAGUUCAUGCAAUAAUCAAUAUUAAUUGUAAUUUCAUAUGAAUAAAUUAAUAACCUUUUGAGUAAAACUGACAAUCUUAAUGAAAAUGAUAUGAAAUAUUUCAACUAAAUAUGCGCACAUUUUAAAAGAACUGUCUUGUUAAUUGAAUUUGUUAAUGCCGUUUUAUGGACAAAACAAUGAUGUAUAGUGAUUGGCCAGGUGCGCGUUUGUCAAGACCUUUUACGAUCCACUCUCAUUGUUGUUGAUACUAAAAUCAAUCUAUACUCGAAAAAGAGUUGCGAUGACAUGAUAUCUAACUGUAACUAUAUUAUUUCAACCAGAAUUAUAAAAAAUAUAUAAAUAAACCAUGCCAUGUCUUCCUUUGGACAAACCCUACAUCAUUAUUCUGAUAGUUCCACACAUAAAGAGCUGUCUUUUUGCAUCGUUCAUUGUAUGAUCAUGAAGGAAAAAGCCACAUUACCAUAAACAAAAGAAAGUCUUAUCCUAAAACAUAUAUUCAUGUGUUAUGAAAUAUUUCCUUUUAUUUACAUUAAUUUGAUGCCAAACAGAUGCGCGUGUUUGGCCAAACCAUCAAUUGUUUAUCAAGUCGGACGGGAGAUAACUCACAACCGUAAGUACAGACAUGAUUUAGUCUCCUGCACUGAAGAUUUCAACCUCAGUUAAGAUCGCAGCUAAAUAUCCUGACAGAGUUAAGGUUGACCAAAGGUAGGUUAUUUUUUCUUAAUGUUACCUUAAGGUUAACCUUAGGCACCAAGUUCAAAGACGCUUGCUUGACAACGGUACAAGAAUCUGUAUCGAAACGUCGCACUCACGAAAUAAAGAAGUUGUUAUCCAUAAAAACUUGUUCCAUAAAGUUCAACCUUAGUUAAAGGUUAUUUUGUACAACGACACCCUGGUAUAAACUUCCUUUUUUUAUUUCCAUUUUUUAUUCCCACUCUUAUAUAUAUAUACUCUUAUAUGCACACAUAUACAUAUACAUACAUGCAUAGACAUAGAUAGAUAGAUGUACAAGUUCUUCCCUUCAACUGAAAAAGAUGGGUGGAUUUACAGAUAGGCAUUCUUAGUUCCGGCCAUCAUGCACAUACCUACUACAGUUUUAUGUAUGAGAGUAUACAUAAUUUUAGUCUCAACUGGAAAGUAUAGUUUACAGAUAGGUAUUCUAAGUUUGUUUAAACGUGGGCAUAGAUAAAGCAUUCAUAUAUAAAGAUGUACAUGUAUUUUCUUUCACUUGGAGGGUAUGUUUACAGGAAGACAGUUUAAGUUCUGUCAGUCAUGCACUUAAAUAAUACAAUCAUAAAUAUAAAGAUGUACAUAUGUUUCCUUUCACUUGGAGUGUAUGGGUUUCAGAUAGACAUUAGAUAUUCUGCCAAUCUUACACAUAGAUAGUACAGUCAUAGUAUAAAGAUGUACAUGCGUUUCUUUUCAAUUGGAAGAUGUAAUUUACAGAUAGGUAUUCCGUGUACAUAGAGAAUAGUCACACUUAUAAAGAUGUGCAUGUUUUCCUUCCAGUUGAAGAGUCUGGGUUACAGAUAGGUAUUCUAAGUUCCACCGGUCGUGUACAUAGAAAAUAUAGUCAUGCGUAUAAAGAUGUGCAUAUUUUCCCUUUCUAUUAGAAGGUAUAGUUAGCAGAUAGGUAUUCUAAGUUCAUCCAGUCAUAUACAUAGAUACAGUUAUAUAUAUAAAGAUGUACAUGGUUAUCCUUUCUAUUGGAAGGUAUAGUUUACUGAUAGGUAUCUUAGUUUACCCCCGUCAUAUACAUAGAUAAUACAACCAUAUACUAGCAUAUGAGAUGUACAUAAUUUCCACUUCUAUUGGGAGGUAUACGUUUCAGAUAGGUAAUCUAUGCCCACCCAUUUGUGUACACACAUAAACAGUGCAUUUAUAAAGAUGUAUAUGCUUUUCCUCCCGUUUGGAAAAUAUAGAUUCAAAUGGGUGUUAUAGGUCCACAAAAUGUUGCCCACACAUUUAUUAUAUUGGCUUCAGUACUUCUCUUAACCAUCUGUCUAGUAGACAAGAGAUAAUAGAUGUUUUAGGAAAAUACUUAACAUUGUUCGUUUUAGGGAGAAAUGUGUAGUACAUUGUAAUCAUCUGGUUUCAUAUCGAAUAAUUUGUGGAAGGAUGACCAAAAGUUGAAAAUUUGCUGUUGGAGAAAGUUGAAAAAGCUGUAUAUCUGGUGGCUUCAUAAUAUUUUAUAAUUUCUCUUUGUGCAUGAUUAAAAUGAAUGCUUUUAUUUUACAUACGUUGGUUUACAAUCACUUGUUUUACUAUCAGGCACACAACAUUUAGUGGGUUAUUAUGUUUUCCUUGAAAUCCUAAUAGUAUGUUUUCUGGGUUUAAUGUAAUUUCUCCUUCUGCAGCCAACUAGUCAGACGUCUCCAAAGCUCUUUUACAUGGCUAUAUUCGUAAAACAAAUGCAUGACAGUUUCAGGUUCUCUUCCACAGAAAGUACAUAGAAGGGAAUCCUUACGUCCAAUCUUGUAUAAGAAUACGCUUGUUGGUAUUAUUUCAUAAAUUAUUUUGUAAUGCAAUCAUAUUAGAUCGCUACUGUUUGUACAUCUGUGAGCCAUUAGAUAAAUAUAUUCCAACAUUUUGGAAUGAUAUUGUUUCUGAAAUAUUCUUUCCCACCUUUUAUGUGCAUAUGAUUUGUUGUAACCUGCAUCAAGCAGUGAGGCGUAUUUUCCAGCUGUAUAUAUUUUUUAUCCAAAUACUUUCCCCAUGCUUCUACGACAUCUUUCCAAAAAGUGUUUCUAAUUGUAGGGACGAUUUUUUUAUGAUAUAUUGAGAAUCGGCUAGCCAUAUUCUAUAGUUUUCUGGUAUACAAUUAUCAACCAAUAUUUUCCAUUUAGCAUUUCCUUCUCGUAGUCGUUUUAUCCAAGAUAUUUAUUGAGCACAAAUUAAUACAUUUAGUCCUCCAUACUUUGGUGGCAUGCUUAGAGAGCAUCUCUUUUGAUUCUAUCCGGUUUACCUCUCCAUAUGAAUUUGAAACAUUUUGCCUGAAAAGAUUUGAGUAUCGCGUAUCAGGAGGUGAUGGUAUGGAUGAAAAAAGAUGGUUAAGUUUAGAAAGUAAUAGUGAUUUCAAGAUUGUAUUUCUUGCAAUUAGAGUUAGAGUACAAAAUUCAUUUCGCAUUCUAUCUUUCUCAAUUUCUCAUAGUAAUUCAGUUCAAUCAUCUUUUCCAUAUCCACAUAGAAUUGUAUUCCUAGCAGCCUAAAAUUGCUUUGACACCAAUUCAAAUUCUAAUCUGUACAUAGCUUGUAUCGACUCCUUUUCUUUGAGCCUAUCCAUAACAACCUUGUUUUUUCUGUAUUAACCUUUAGUCCGGAAAAUCUUGC